AUGACCUGCGUUCUUGGUACCAAGGAGCGCGGCUACGGUCACGCCAUUGUUGCCGGUGUCGAGCGUUAUCCCCUCAAGAUCACCAAGAACAUGGGCAAGAAGCGCGUUGCCAAGCGCUCCAAGGUUAAGCCUUUCAUCAAGGUCAUCAACUACAACCACGUCAUGCCCACCCGCUAUGGUUUGGAGUUGGAGACUUUGAAGUCUGCUGUCACCCUUGACUCCUUCAAGGAGCCUUCCCAACGUGAGGAGGCCAAGAAGGCCAUCAAGAAGCUCUUCGAGGAGAGAUAUAACAGCGGCAAGAACAAGUGGUUCUUCACCAAGCUCCGCUUCUAAACGAUCCCAUGUUUAACGUGUCCCCGCAAUAAAUCAGCUCCAGCAUCUUUUGGAUCGCGUACACGAAAUUCGCAGC